AGCCAUGAAAUUUCUACUAGAAUUUGUUUUCGCUGUCCGUUGGGCUUUCUAAAAUUCCGUUUUGGCAGUUUUUUCUUCGAUUAGGGUUUCAUCUGAGUUCUUCAGUAUAAUCGGGAAAUUUCAAGUUCCAAUAGUUGUCGUUUGGCCAGGGUUAAACCCUAGAAGACUCCUCGCAAAGCCUCGAGAUGGCAACUCUCGCUGAUUCAUUUCUUGCGGACCUUGAUGAAUUAUCGGACAACGAAGCCGAUGUUCUCGAGGAAGAAAAUGAUGAUGUCACCAACAUGGAAGAAGAUGUUGAUGGUGACCUGGCUGAUAUUGAAGCCCUUAACUACGAUGAUCUGGACAGCGUUUCGAAAUUGCAAAAAACUCAGAGAUACAUUGAUAUAAUGCAGAAAGUGGAAGAUGCACUCGAGAAGGGUUCUGAUAUAUCAAAUCAGGGAAUGGUACUGGAAGAUGAUCCUGAGUAUCAGCUGAUUGUGGACUGUAAUUCACUAUCGGUUGACAUCGAGAAUGAGAUUGUUAUUAUCCAUAAUUUUAUACGCGAUAAGUACCGGUUGAAGUUUCCUGAGCUUGAAUCACUUGUGCAUCAUCCAAUUGAUUAUGCUCGUGUAGUGAAAAAGAUUGGCAAUGAGAUGGAUUUAACCCUGGUUGAUUUGGAAGGACUUUUGCCUUCAGCUAUCAUUAUGGUUGUUUCAGUUACAGCAUCGACUACCAGUGGCAAGCCACUUCCAGAAGAUGUUCUUCAGAAAACUAUUGAUGCAUGUGAUCGUGCUCUUGCUUUAGAUAUGGCAAAGAAAAAGGUUCUUGAUUUUGUAGAAAGUAGAAUGGGAUAUAUUGCACCAAAUCUUUCUAAUAUUGUUGGGAGUGCUGUUGCUGCUAAACUUAUGGGUACUGCUGGUGGUCUUUCAGCGUUAGCUAAGAUGCCUGCUUGUAACGUUCAGCUGCUUGGUGCAAAGAAAAAGACCCUUGCAGGGUUUUCUAAUGCAACAUCACAAUUUCGUGUCGGUUAUAUUGAGCAGACAGAGAUUUUUCAAUCUACACCCCCGGCUUUGAGAAGUCGUGCUUGCCGUCUCUUGGCUUCAAAAGCAACACUUGCGGCACGAAUAGAUUCUACUCGAGGGGAUCCAUCAGGGAAUGCUGGAAGAACUCUGAAGGAUGAAAUCCAUAAGAAAAUUGAAAAGUGGCAAGAGCCACCUCCUGCAAAGCAGCCUAAACCCCUUCCUGUUCCUGAUUCUGAACCUAAGAAAAAGAGAGGUGGUCGUCGCUUAAGGAAGAUGAAGGAGAGGUAUGCUAUAACAGACAUGAGGAAACUUGCAAACAGGAUGCAAUUUGGUGUACCUGAGGAGAGCUCCUUAGGUGAUGGACUUGGUGAAGGCUAUGGAAUGCUUGGUCAGGCUGGGAGUGGAAAACUGCGUGUAUCAGUUGGUCAGAGCAAACUUGCAGCAAAAGUUGCUAAGAAGUUCAAGGAAAAGCAAUAUGGAAGCAGUGGUGCUACCUCUGGACUGACGUCAAGUUUGGCAUUCACACCUGUACAGGGGAUUGAGCUCACAAACCCUCAAGCUCAUGCACAUCAGCUUGGCAGUGGAACUCAAAGUACUUAUUUCUCUGAGACUGGAACCUUUUCGAAGAUCAAAAGGACAUGAACCAUACUCCAUGGAAGCUCUUGCUGACUGCACGCAUCAUUAGAUGGCAUCAGUCUAAGGAAACCUGUGUAAAUUGUGAAAGUAUCACGAUUCCUUGAGUUAUAGUUUACCUGAUGUUUGAUUAUGCUGAAGUUACCCAUUUGAUAGAGUUUAAUAGACUACCAUAAAGAUGAAUCUUUAGCUUAAGGUUUGAUUAGCUGCUUCAAUGACAUGGAAUGUUUGUCCCGCAUGAAAGCUGCUGUUCAUUCUUUGGCAGUUAAUUUUGAAGAACACAUAUUGUAGCCAGGGGAGUAAGAGAUAGAUCAUGCUCUGCAGGUUUUUCUGGUUUGAGGUGGUUACUAACUGGGUUUUAACUUUUACUUUGUAGCCCAUUGAAGUUGUACACUUAAUUGUUUCGUUUUGCUGCUGAUGUUACUUUAGUUGCCAUCUUAGACAUAUAUUGCAGCUGAGGGCAAUGAGAGGGAUACCAUUGCUAUUAUUCUCCCAAUUUUUUAUUUUUUAGCUUCCAUUAUAUUACUUUAUAAAGAUGAGAAUGUUGCAGUCGUA